AUGUACAGUGUAGCAUGGCAUAAUAUUUUGUAUUUUAUACAUGUAUUUUCUUUUUUUGUGUGUUUGGAUGAAGUCGUAACCCAGAUAGAAAAGAAAGCUGAUAAAAUAUGUGCUAUUGGGGAGGUGGGACUGGAUUUCCAACCACGAAUUACACCCGAUACUAGUCACAAAGAUACUCAGAGAAGUGUGCUUAAAGCCCAGGUUGAAUUAGCAAAUAAAUUAAAUCUUCCUUUAAAUGUACAUUCACGAUCGGCAGGAAAACAAACCAUAGCUGCCCUGAAAGAAUUUGGAGCAAGGAUCGUUCUUUUACACGCUUUUGAUGGGCGACCCAGCACAGCAAUGGAGGGAAUAGCCAAGGGGUAUUUCUUCUCAAUCCCGCCAUCAAUUGUACGAACUGAACAGAUGAAACUGGUGAAGCAAUUGCCGAUAGACAACAUGGUCCUGGAGACGGACUGCCCAGGGUUAGGUCCAGUCAAAGGAGAACGAAACGAACCUGCUAACGUACAAAUACCCUGUGAUUAUAUAGCUAAAGUUAAAGGCAUGACUUCCCAGGAAGUGAAACGAAUUACUUCACAGAAUGCCAUAAAACUGUUCCCACGACUGAAAUUGAUACUAAAGUAGUGUACUCGUAAUUGUAUUGAUUGUACAUAAUGAGUAUUA